AUGCAAGAAUUCGCAGAUCGAGUUAAUUGGAAGAUGCAGAAACGUGACGAAGACGAUGUUCGUGAUUUCUGUCGUCAGAUCGGAGUUGAUAAAAGCGUUCUCAAAGUCUGGAUGCAUAACAACAAAAACAACUUUAACCGCCGCGAUCUACCGUUCUCCGUCGCCGGAACCGGAACCGGAACCGCCGAGAUCCGAAAAAUCGAAGCUCCGAUUUCCGCCGGCGAAACUAAAAUCAUCAACAACAACGGAGGAGGACACGAGAUUCACCACAGUGUUAGUAGCAGCGGCGGCGGUGGAGGAGGCGGUGGGUUUGAUAGUGAUAGCGGCGGAGGUCACGGUGGUAACGUGAAUGGAUCGUCGUCGUCGUGA